UGGCCACUCCUCCCCCACUAGUAGACACGCCUCUUCCCUCUGCAAACCAUGUGGCUAUAUGGUUGGUAAAUAAAUACUUCUUCUAAAUUUUAACUUCCUUUACGGUGUGAACUUCUGCACGGCAGGAACAGGCAGCAUGUCGACGGUGGUCGUGAGCCUCCAGGCGCAGGUGGAGUCGGUGCUAGGCUCGCUGGUUAAAGCGGCCUCGGUGGAGUUGAUCAAACUGUUCGAGAGCAGAUACCGAGCAUCCGAGGUGGACCUGGGCCGCGGUGAGGACGGGAAGGGAAGUGAAACCUCGGAUGUUUUAUCGAGCGGGGACACAAAACGGAGCAUCGGAGUGCAAGUGGGCGACAGCGCAGAGGAGCCGUCGCUGUUUAACGGGCUCACUUUUGUCUCGGAUAGCGAUUAUGUGAGGGAGUGCAAGGAGGUGGUGAUGGAGGGUUGCCUCAUUCCGCCAGAAAUCCUCUUGGCUGAAGAUAAUGGGCCUGCUGACCCCGAGUGGUCAUCCCUGAAGGAUCCGGUUGUGGAUAUGGUGGAGUUGCGCGUCCAUGGAGCAGAGUCUCCAUCUGACUGUGGUGCUCAGACAGAAGUUGAUUUGCAUGUCUCCACAGAGACACGGACAGAGACGCCAGCUGAGCAGAGGCCUCUUGUAAUUCAGCCUGACACGAACAACUCUGCUUCUGGGGAGAAGGUGAAGUUUGUUUGCCCGCUGAUCCUUAAGCUGGAGUCUCCAACACCCAAAGUUGAUAAAUCAGAGAAGCCUGCUCAAGCCGAGCCUCAGCAGGCCAGUGUCAGCACAGCUAAAGGCACUGCCUAUAGUCCAUCCCCAUCUGAUGGCGCUGCGACUCCUGCACAGAUUGGAGUGUGGGAGUGGGUCCACUCUCAGAAGGAAGCAAAGAACCAUCUCCAGAUGAAAUUGAAACUCACAUCUCCAGAUCCAAAGCUGCUGCGUCCCUGCGCAGUGCAGCUGGUAAAUGUUCUCACGAUGCCUGAAUCAGAGAUUCAGGGCGACACUGCCAAAGCUCACAGCGUUGACCUCAAUAACGGUUGGCCUGUGCCGAAAGAUCUCCGCCGUCAUCAAGGUCUUCACACCGGCCAUCGCCUGUGCUGCUUCACCAGAUGCGCAAAUGACAUUUGGCGCCUCCAAACGGUCAUCAGCCGCUCCCGAGAUGGAUACUCUUGCAGCAUCUGCGGGAAAACAUUCAGCCGGAGGAAGAUCCUCCGGCGGCACAAGCGCUUCCACACCGGAGAAAAGCCGUACUCGUGUUCUGUGUGCUCUAAAACGUUUGCCCUGCGAAAGAGUCUCCGCCGCCACUCGAGGUUCCACACGGGGGAGAGGCCACACACCUGCACGCAGUGCGGUAAAAGCUUUCGGCUGCGAGACAACCUAAAAGCGCACUUGAGGUUUCACACCGGAGAGAAGCCUUUCAGCUGUGCCACGUGCGGCAAGACGUUCAGGAUCAUGAGGAAUCUAGAGAAGCACAAACUGAGCCACUGUGAAUUCUUCGUUCCUUCAUUCAGAACGAUCGCCGGCUUGAAGCUGUAGGAACAACUGUGAGCGGCUGGCUGCUGCUGCUGCCGCACGGAUGUCUACCUCACACUAAAAACACUAUAAACGAAGCUGUCCCGAGAAACUUAAAGAAGAGAAGUGAAGUCAUAAGAGUGCUUAUGUUGAUUGUUUAUUUGGAGUCGUCCUAAAAUGACUUGGGUUGUAAUUGGAUCUUAGGAGCUUGAGAAAAGAAGGCAGCUGGACUUCUUUAAGUUUGGAAAGACGUUUCUCAUCCAAGAAGAUGUCCCAGGUAUUGAAACCAUAGUGGGGGUUGUCGUGGGUCAUUAAGGGUGAAACCACCUCCCAGGGCCAGUAACCCCACUAUGGUUUGAAAUACCUGAGGCUCUCCACCUUCUUGUUUCUGAAACCAAAUCAUCUUUUUGGAUGAGAAACAUCUUUCCAAACUUAAAGAAGUCCAGCUGCCUUUUUUUUUUUUUCUUUUUCUGUCCAACCUCCUAUGACGACCAUGACCCGAAUGACUGAGAACCUACACAGACAUGUUGUGGUUGGCUGUUGACAUUUUUUUUUUGGCGGGGGGGUGUCUUGUACUACUAAUUUUUUUUUUUUUCUUUUUUUUCUUUUUUUUACUGUAAUUUGUGUGUUUAGUUCAUGCCAUAGUUUUACUUUUUGUGAUUGUGGGUUAUUAAUGGGGCUGCGAGACUGCGAGAGUACUACUACACAUGUUUUGGCAUUAAACCUCCUGAGAAACGCACGAUCAAACUGCAGGGAAACCCACCCACCACUGCACAGUUCACCAGCUUACAAAUGCUCUGGUGCUCCUCGGAGAUGGACAUUUUAUAAAUAUCUUGAAACACAGCAUUAAUGGGUAGACCUUUGGAAAGCCUAGGGUUCUCCACCUCAACAUUUCCUGUUAAAUGAUGUGCUUUUAUACACUCUUACCUUUUAUAUAGUUGUUUUUCAAGUCUAUGUUUUUGUUUUUUACUUAACACUUAUGUCACUUAUUACUGACUCUUUGACUUUGUAGCACGUUACUAUCAUUCGUUGUCUGUAGAUGUCUUGCUCUCCAUGACCUGUAUGUUUCAUGGUGACUUUAAGUUAAAACGUAAGAAAUAUGCUCUCGUCUUCAUUUGACAGACGAGUUGUUUUCUUUUUUUUUAACUACAUGUGCAUUGAAUAACAUCUUGCUUUCAGUGUUUUUAAUAAGUUUUUCUGAUGAAGAUUUGUCUCUUGUAUCAAUAAAAAAAAAAAAGUUUA